GUUUCAGACUUUGUAUACGAUAGCCGUACAGUUAAUUUAUUUUUUAACAAAAAUAUUUUGUAUUUGUCCAAAUGUAUGCUUUUUUUCGUUGCUUUACAUUAGUAUGUCUAGUGAUCAAUGUGCUUAUUACUUUAACUUUGACUGAGAUUGAGUCAACUGGUGCCCGUGAAUAUACGGUAUUUCCAAUCAAAGCGACAUUUCAAUUGGCUACUGCUAGUAGCAAUGGGCUCAAACUGUCCUCUGGUGUACAAAACUUGCCUUCGGUAAUUUUACCGCCAGCAGUAGCACAAAUCCACGUGGACUACACGCAUCAAAUGCAUCCAUUCUAUCAAAAUGUUGUAGGUAGCGAUGUUAGUAAAAGUUUUGGGCGAAAUUACGUCGAUGAGAUGCCAAUGACAGCGGAUGCAAAUAAAUCAUUUCAAAUUGUAAAUGAGUGGAAGUAUUUAGAUUUUGAAUAUCCGACUUAUGCACAGCGCCAACAAGCCAUCGCAAAUCGCGAUUUUGUUCCAGAAAAUAAUUUGCCAUUGGGCAUUGAUGUUUAUCGUGACCGUAUGUUUAUUACCACACCUCGUUGGAAGGACGGAGUACCAUCAAGUCUCAACUAUUUGCCGUAUCCGCCCAAAGAACGCAGUCCAGCCUUACGCCCCUAUCCAGAUUGGAGCGUCCAUAGCAGUGUCAAGGAACUUAACUGUGGUAAACUUAUUUCGGUAUAUCGUUCCUCAAUAGACUCUUGUGGUCGCUUGUGGGUUAUUGAUUCGGGCAUAGUUAAUGCAACAGUUAAAUUAAACCAGAUUUGUCCACCAAAAAUUGUGGCUUUUGAUUUAGCUACCGAUAAAAUGAUUGUAAGCUUUACGCUGCCGACGGACCAAGUAAAAGAAGAUUCUUUGCAUUCGAAUAUUUUGGCCGAUAUUCAAGACAAUCAGUGCGAAGAUGCCUACAUUUAUGUAACAGAUGUGUGGCGCUUUGGUAUUGUCGUAUACAGUUUGUCUAAAAAUAUUAGUUGGCGUGUAACUAAUUACAACUUCAAUCCCAACCCUAUAGCAUCCGAUUUUAAUGUUUAUGGAUUAAAUUUUCAAUGGUUGGAUGGCGUUUUUGGCAUGAGCCUUUCGAAUCAAGCAACGUCUUCGUGUGGUGAUCGCAUAUUAUAUUUCCAUCCAAUGGCGAGUUUUAAGGAAUUUGCUAUUUCGACCAGAUUGUUGCGUGACGAAAAACUAUGGCCAACAAGCGCUCAAAAACUAUCAAAAUACUUCGUUGAAGUUGGCGAUCGCGGAGAUCUUGGACAGUCAUCUGCAGCAGGUAUUGCACGCAAUGGGAUAAUGUUUUAUACGCAGGUUCAUCGGGAUAAUGUAGCUUGUUGGGAUACCACUAAGCCGUAUGUGCGUGGCAAUUUGGCGAUGUUGUUAAGUAGAGGACAAAAACUGAUACAAUUUCCCAAUGAUUUGAAAGUAGACCAAGAAGAAGAGCAAGGAGUAUGGGUGAUGAGUAAUAAUCUGCCGAUCUAUUUGUAUGGACAGUUGGAUUACAGUGAUGUUAACUUUCGUAUUUUGCGAGGUGGUGUAAAUGAUAUUGUUCGCGGCACUAUAUGUGACACACAAGUGCAAGAGGCACAUUCUAAGAUCCCUGUUCUAAUCCAGUUACAAGAAGGAGAAUGUUAUUAAGAGUUCAAUGACGUUAUUAUGUCCAUAACUAUGAAUGACAACCAGAAGUAUGUCUCUGUUUCGCAAUUUUUGACUCUAUUAUUUGAUACGAUACUAUUAAUAACGUAAAUUAGAUGAAAUACAUACCAAUGUAAAUAAUGGUAUUAAAAUAAAGUCAUUUAGCUAUGUCUAAGUAA